GUUCUCGAAAGUUAGACAUAAGAAUAUACAAAAUAUACUCAUAAAUCCUUUACAAAUUAUUAAUUAUUGAUUGAAAAAUACUUACAUAUAAUAUUAUAUACUUAUUUGAAUAAUUAUUUAAGAGACAGGUAAAUUCAGGGAUAAUGUAUUCAAUAUAUUUUCUGUAUCGGGCCUACUCCGUCCAUGUUGUUUAGCUCACCUGAGCCACGCCUGUUACACCUUUCCUGGGAUUUAAUUUCUGUUACGUUGAGGAUAAACAUUAUUUUUGCCAUUGGAACGAUUUAAAGCUACAAGCUGUGAGUCAAUCUCCAGAUCCUUGCUUGGCCCAACCUACCUGAAGCCUGUCUCUAUGUCGAAUCCAAACCUGGAGAUGAACUACGUGGGGGAUUAUGUACCCCAUGACAGAUUAAUGCCUAGUAUGUCAAUAACUGGCAGCAUAUCCGGGCUGUCAACAACAUCCCGGCUCUCAAGAGUGUCCCGUGCUUCAACUGUACGUUCUGUGGCCACCCUUACUGAAACUCUUCAUACCAAAACUGGAUUGUCAAUUCCCAUUCUACCUGAUGCCUUUAUCACAAACGUACAGCGAGGUUCAGUCAUUGCUGCCACAUAUUCAAUUAUUCAGGGAUUGUUUGCUAUAGUGACUGGACUGUUCGACAUCUAUGCCUUGUCCCUUGCUGCGCCAGGUUCCAGUCAUUAUGGUUUCUAUCUCUUCUCAUAUGACUUUGUUUAUUCUGGCAAUCCUCAUGUUCGGAAUUCCUUGAUGCUGUUCGGUGGAGUAACAGCCUUUGGGGGAAUCUCUCUCAUUUUGACAAGUGUUAUUCUGUUGCAAGGACUUCGAAAGGAAAUGGAAAUGCGUUUGGAGCCAUGGAUUUGGUGUAUGGCAAUCUUCACAAUCUGGCGUUCACUUGUCAUUAUCUAUGCAUCAAUUGUUAAUGACAUGGUGUUUUCAUACCACAUACUCAUGUGCCUGUUAUGGAUACUCUUUAUCCUAGGCAAUGUGUAUGCUUGGCUGGUGGUGCACUCGUUCUACCACGAGCUAUGUGAGGUCACAAGGCUUGAAGAUGUUGCUAGGGUAAAGAUGGAGACAAUGAGCUCAUUCACAGCCUCGCGACCCACUACACCGGGUGCGAGGUCUGAUGCGUCCUCUAAGAUGAUCGCUUGAACAUUAAUACACGACACGAUCAAACUUUGGUAUCGGCUAAGAAAAGCAGGUUAAUACUAAAGAUACACUGAUUUUCACAUCUUACCAGCAAAUGCCAAAAACAGAAUUUGAAGUACUGUAUAUCAAAACCUCUUUAAAAGCCUCCUAAAAAUCAUGUAUAUUUGUUGUUACAAUUUCUGUUGGAAAUUAUAUAAACUCGUAGUACAUAAGGAAUUAUUUUUAUAUAAUGAAGCAAGUUGCACAAGCUGUACAAGUUUUGUAGUAUUCAUAAAAUAAUUGAUAGAUGAUUCUAAAGAAAAACAUUAUGCAUAGUAAAAUGAAGUUCCUUGGCAUGAUUUACCAAGUUGAAGAGGUUUUGCUAUAUGAAACUGGGGUUUGUGUAUUAGGGCAUACAUCCAUUCACAAUAAAUUCCCUGUACUUUCUUUUAAAACAACCACUCACAGUAGAAAAUAUUAAUUAAAAAAUCACUGAUUAGUUGACCAUGGUUGCUUUUCAAAGCCCUACUAUGGCAGAAUUAAAGGAAAUAAUAUUUUUCACUGUCUGCACUUGCACUACCGCACUCCUCUUGUCUGCUUUGUUUUUUACAUCUCUCUCUCUUUUUAGUGAAUGCUGCAUAUAAUUAUAAUUCUCUCCUUUUCCACUAUUUGUGCCUAUUUGUGUUUCACCAUUUUUUUACUGACUUAAUAUACAUGCUAAGACAUGUCCUAAUUCUUUUCAUGCCUUCUUUCUCCCUGCAAGCAAGUGAUAGUUGCUUCACAUAUUAGAUUGGUAAACCUACAUGUGGAAAUGUAACACAUGACUUGAGGACUCUCAAAUUUCUUCAGCACUAAAUGGAACUUUACAAUAUUUGGACAGAUUCUGCAUGAAACAAUUCCCUCCUGAAAGGAAAGGCUUUUUUUUUUUAACUCAUUAAGAGCAGAGUUGCAAAGAGGAACAAGGCAUCGAUGAUAGAUAGCUACAUUUCCUGCACAGCUAACAUCUCACAACAUUAUCUCUUGAUUGAAUCGCCUGAUGUUUUGUACUGGGGUUUCUUGCACUCCUUUGCACAUAUUAAAAAAUCCUGCCUUGUUUUCAUCAUGGUGUCUAUAUUGUGAGUGCCUUGUUGACUUGUAGCAUAAUCUUUGACAGCUCUGUCAAUGCCAAUUUUACGUCAGAAGUGGCUUUGGCCUCAAUUGCAGUGGUUCAAUGAUGGCAAAAAUUUAAUGUCUAUUACAGCAAGAAUUUGCAAAUUUCCUAUCAGAUUGUUCUAUUAAUUUGAGAGGUUUUGGUGAAAUAUAACACGUGUGUACAUACAUAGGUACACUGUUUCGUACUCAAGUGCAAGACCUCACACCUAUUGUAUCAGUAAUAUUUGUGAUGCUUUGUAAGGUAAUAAUGACUAUAGCAGUUUUGUGAUCAAUUACAUCAUUUAUUCAUUUUAUUGAUUGUGUAAUGUCUAUUGUUAUGAGGGUUGUGUCUGUAUAAGCAUGUGUAUGUGUAUUUAUGUUUAUAUCUUUGUAUAUACACUUAAGGUUGGGAAUUAUAAUUUCAGUUCUUAUGAUCUUAUAUAUAGAUUAACAACGUUCUAGAAAUCAUUCUUAUGCACCAUUCAAAUUUGUGAACAGUGUAACAUUGCAGUGGGGUGGAGCAUGGUGGCUUGCUCCACAAAGCCUGCUCGGCUGAAAGAUGUUUAAUGGGAACAUCCUUGACAUAAGUUUGGUAAGUUCAUCGUUUACGAACCAUUUCACUGUCAGUGGCCUUAAUUGUCAUGUCACUUGAAAGAAUAUUGGAUCUUUUAAACAGAUACACUUAUGAACAGUUAAAUGGUUCCACUUUCAAGUUCAUAGAGUCACUCUCAAAAAUACACGCAAGCCAGUUUCAGAUAAUCUUCGAGGGUUAUGUAUCCCAGAAUGGUAUCCCAUAAUGCAUAACUGUAUAGUGAAGUUACAGAAAUUGGGAAACAUUAGCAAUUUUUAAAGAUUAUAGACAAAUUUCAGAUUAAUACAAUCACCAUUUUACCUUAGCCACUUUGUUUACAUCAUGAUUACAGGCUCCAGGAGACAGAGUGGUGGUGAUUUUAGUUUUGUGGGGUAUGAAUGCCUUUGACUUAAAAGAAUUCAUAUUGUUUAGAAGAAAUAGCACUGAAGAAAAUUGUGUUUAGAUGAUAGCUAUUUUUAACUGAGUGAAAGAUUGACCAGAAUAUAAACUACAGUAUUUGAAAUUUAUAUUGAUGUAUGAGAGAGAGAAGUUCAUUAAAAGGAAAUAUGGGCAAAAGAAAUGUUACAGCAUUAAUGAGAGUAGAAAAUUGUUUGUGAAUUUAAUGUGGCUGGUAGAAUGAUAGGUUUGGUCGAUCAGUUUAAAUACAUGGGAUGUGAGAUUGACAAAAUAAGAAUUUGUGCAGCUUGAAGUUGAGAGUAGGGUCAGUCAGGGAAGGAAAGUGGCUAAUGCAAUAAGAGCCCAGAUUAGGAAAUGCAAGAUUGAAAUAAAUGUAGUCAUAGGGCUGCAUAAAUGAAUGAUAGUGUUGACCCUUAUGUAUAGUUGCAAGAUAGUGUGAUAUGAAUAUGGAAAAUUUUGAGUAAAAAUGGAUAAUCUAAUCAGCAUAUAUUUUAUUAGGAAAAAAAGAUAGCAUAGGGAAUGAAAAUGUCAUGUAGAGAUAUGAAGUGUAAAGAUAAAUAAACUGUGUAUUGAGAUGGUUUGGAAGUGUUGAACAAAUGGAUACUAAUAAACCAGUGAAGAGAGUAUAUUCAAGUUAAUUGUAGGGUAGGAAGAGGAGACAAAGGACAGGAAGUUGGAUAGACAUAAGGAGUGUGAGAAACCAGGGAGUGAGGUUCAACAGUGCCGUGGGAUAUGUUAAAGGACAAAGCCGAGUAGCAGCAGUUUGAUGAAGAGAGUGUAUGUAUUUGUACUAUUCAUGAAAAUUCACAAGAAACCCUGUGAACCUAGUCUUAUGAAGAGAUGGGAUACUAUUGUGAAUGCCUACUUGAGUGUAUAGUAGUGCUCGUUUGUGUUGCUGUAUAGUGUAAAUGAUAUAAUGAAUGGAUGAGUGAUGUCUUUUUUGUUUAAUAUUUAUAACUUUCACACUACAGUACUUUAUUGUCAAUUUUCUCCAGGCUGAUGCAUUCCCUAGGAAAAUGGAGAGUAAGGUAUUAGUGAUUUACAAUUUUUUUAAUUGAAACCAACAAUUAGUCUUGUUAUUUAAUAAUCUAGAUAUUAAUUAUUACUUUGUUUCAUUAACAAAUGGUUUUUAAUAUACAUUCCUGAAAACUUGUCUUCCACAUACAAAAUACAAUUACAGUGAAGCGAGAGUGUGUGUGUACUCGCCUAGUUGUGCUUGCGGGGGUUGAGCUUUGGCUCUUUGGUCCCACCUCUCGUCUAUUAAUCAUCCGGUGUACAGAUUCCUGAGCUUAUUAGGCUCUAUCAUAUC